ACCAUGUCGCAUAUGGUAAAUCCCCUGGCGACGCCAGAACAGCUCUACCAACGGCGUUCCUUCGGCGCGCUUCCCACAGAGCUGCAAGACACCAUCUUCUUUUCAACCCAAUGCCUCACCCAAGCAGCCGGUCUGCUCCUCCAGCUCCCACAAUCUGUUACAGCCCAGGCGAACGUCCUCCUCGCGCGAUACUGGCUAGUGGAACCCAUGAUGUCCCAUGAAUUCAGCGACAUUUCAGCCGCCUCUGUUUACUUAAUCGCCAAACUAUCCCCAUACCCCCGCUCCCCGCGCGACCUCGCUCUCGUAUACAACUACCUCCUCUCUCCAUCCUCGACCUUCUUCCACCCAUCAUCCGCGCCUGCGUCCGACGACUCACAACCACCACCACCACCACCAUCACCACCAACCAACAUCCCAAACGACUACUACCUCCCCGAACACGUCUACAACUCCUUCCACACACGUCUUCUCCGCUGCGAAUCCCGCAUCCUUUACGCGCUCUCGUUCGACACGCACGUCUCCCUCCCCCACCCCUUGGCCAUCACAUACCUCCAAGCUCUCGAUUUCCUCAACACCUCCAAGUCCACGAUAUCGAAACGGACGCUCGCGUACCUGAACACGGCGCUCCUGUCGCCGCAGAUGCUGUACCUGACCAGCCAGCCGAACGCGCUGGCCGUCGCGGCUAUUUACAACGCGGCUAAAGAUGUGGGCGCCAAGAUGCCCGAGUGCGAGUGGUGGGAGGUGUUCGAUGUGGAUCGGGAAGAGCUGGGGUUCUUGGUGGUGGGCAUGAGGAGCGUGGAUGGCUGGGGGCGGAAGAUGAGAGAGGAUGUGGAGAGAAUGAAGGCGGGGACAGAAAGUGGUAGCAAAAGAGGCGGUAUGAUUACGCGGAGGGAUAUAGAGGGUGAACUAAGGAGGAGGGGUAUAAGUCUUGGCAAUGGUGAUGAUGGUGGGAACACUGGUGUUGGAUCUGAAGAGCCGGUUGAUAUGGAGGCGGAAAUGGCUAGGAGGAUGGAUGAAAAGAUGGCAGAGAUUGAGGGCAGUGCUUCCUGAUGUGUGCUGCCAGAACGAAUUUGUUCAACAUGAUGAAACUCAAGAGAGCCGGUCAGCUGAAGAAGCGACACCAGAAAGAAGGUUUAUAGAUAAGAUACCCAAUGAUUUGAACGAAAAGCAAUCAGC